GGACUGCGGAACUUGGUUUAAUAACAGGCAAACGCAACCAAUUCUAUGGUUCCUUAAAAUCUUACCAAAGCUUAACUAAAUUAAAAAGUAUUUGUAUCGAAGCCACCGAUGUCAAUGAGGGCUUAGAAUAUUUACCGGAGAGUUUAGUAAAAGAAACCAAAGGAGGAGGAAAAUAUAGUUCUAUUGAAUGCUCCCCCAACGAUACCAAUGCUAGAUGCUCCCAAAUCCAAGACCAACUGCGACCUUUCAAUUAUGACUUAGAAGCCUGA